UUCAUCGUCGGUGGAAGCAAACAACACCCCCAGCAUUCCCUGGAUAAGAGGUGCCUUUGCUAACUCAGAUUCAAUGACAGGAUCACCAUGUGAAUCCAACCUCUUUUUUGUUCUCUCUGUCCAAACCUUUUUUUUUCUUCAAUAAAAUAUGUGUCUCUGUCUCUCCUUGGUUUGAAUUGCGACGGGGUGUUUAGGUUUCAAUUCUAUCAAAUUUCAGAAAUUGAUUCAAUUUCGGUUUCGGAGGCAUUAGGUAAGGGAUUAGUGUAAUAAAUCGUGAAGAAAAAUCAGAUCUUUGAGAUAGCGACAACAAAUUGGGCAGAGAAGGAAAAACAAAAAUGGAGAAUAUGAUGAGCAAGCUACGGAAUUUGGACGCCUACCCCAAAAUCAAUGAAGAUUUCUACAAUCGCACGCUCUCUGGUGGCGUCAUCACUCUCGCCUCGAGGAUCGAUUCACUUUCUUACUUUGUUGAGAUUGAGAUGCAAAGUGGAGUUGAUACAAGCCAAGAUCUCAUAUCUGCCUACGAAAUAAGCCCCAUCCAUCAUUCUGAUAUUCGUCGUCAUUUUCGGAGUAUCUGUGCGCUUCUGAGAUUUCGGCGAUUUUUCUGUCUUGAGGCCUCUGCGUCUCUAAAGAUGAAGAGACGAAGACUCGAUGUCUGAAUGUGAAGCGGAGAGAGAGAGAGAGAGAGAGAGAGAGAGAGGUUUUAAAAUAAUUUAGGGGGACUUUGG